GACAGAGUCCAGUCCAAAGUCCAAACUCGUGGGAAGUAAACAUUACGCUCUUUCCUCUCGGGUAGCACUCAAACCUAUCUCCACGACCGGUAACCCAAUCCCAGUGUGAAAAGUAUUGUCGUACGUUCAAUUUUUCUCCUUUGGUUCUCACGAUCCCGGUUCCCGUGUUUUGCCUUUCACCAGCUCAACUCAGUUAUCAUCCAAUCAAAAAAGGGUUUCAAAGGACAAGUGACCAAAAAGUCUCUGCCCCAAAAAACAGUUGGGGUGGUGUGGUUAGGCAGCAAGUGGUGAGAAUAUUGUUGGAUUAAUGGCUGGGUUAAGUGGAGACCAAGUUCUUGAAAUUGACGAUAAGACUGAGGACAUUCAAAACAAUAUUAAUAAGGACAGUAAUUGUGAUAGUAACCUUACCAACAGAGAGGUUAUAGACAAGGCAGGGUUGGUGGUGAGAGGGGAGGAGAAUAGUAACAAUAACAAUCAGGGAGGUGAGCGAGAUAUGGCUCCUCCUGCUAGCAAUUCCAUUCACAGGUCAGGUUCAAGGCCUCAACUUGACCUUAGCAAGGCUGCAAUCCAGGGCAGUUCUGAGGAAAGGGAUCCUACCAUUUUGUUGCCUAAUCAGUCUGAUGAUAUUUCUCAUUUGGCUCUUGAUAUUGGAGGUUCUCUCAUUAAGUUGGUGUAUUUUUCAAGACAUGAAGAUCGAUCAAUUGAUGACAAGAGGAAGAAAACUGUUAAGGAAAGACUGGGUAUUUCAAAUGGUAACAGGAGAAGCUAUCCCAUUCUUGGUGGCAGGCUUCAUUUUGUGAAGUUUGAGACAAGCAAGUUAAAUGAGUGUUUGGAUUUUAUUUCUUCCAAGCAGCUUCACCGUGGCGGAAUUGAUUCCCACCAUUGGAAUUCUGAGGCCCCAGCCAAUGAAAAUGCAGUUAUCAAGGCCACAGGGGGCGGGGCGUACAAGUUUGCAGACCUCUUCAAAGAAAGGCUGGGGGUCAGUAUCGACAAAGAAGAUGAAAUGGAUUGUCUUGUGGCAGGAGCAAAUUUCUUACUUAAGGCUAUUCGUCAUGAAGCUUUCACACACAUGGAGGGCCACAAAGAGUUUGUUCAGCUUGACCAUAAUGAUCUGUUCCCCUAUCUUCUUGUUAAUAUUGGAUCUGGUGUUAGCAUGAUAAAGGUUGAUGGGGAUGGGAAGUUUCAACGUGUUAGCGGAACGAAUGUUGGAGGUGGAACUUAUUGGGGAUUGGGAAGGCUGCUAACGAAGUGCAAGAGUUUUGAUGAACUGCUCGAGUUGAGUCAAAGGGGAGACAAUAGGACCAUAGACAUGCUUGUUGGGGACAUUUAUGGUGGUAUGGAUUACUCUAAGAUUGGUCUCUCUGCGUCAACCAUAGCUUCAAGUUUUGGCAAGGCUAUUUCUGACAAGAAGGAGCUUGAAGACUACAGACCUGAAGAUAUUUCCUUGUCUCUCUUGCGAAUGAUUUCAUAUAAUAUCGGGCAGAUAUCUUACUUAAAUGCACUUCGGUUUGGGCUUAAGCGUAUCUUUUUUGGAGGAUUUUUCAUAAGGGGACAUGCGUAUACCAUGGAUACAAUCUCCUUUGCUGUUCAUUUCUGGUCACAAGGAGAGGCACAAGCUAUGUUCUUGCGACAUGAAGGGUUUUUGGGAGCUCUAGGUGCAUUUAUGAGUUAUGAGAAGCAUGGCCUUGAUGACUUGAUGGUGCAUCAGUUAGUUGAAAGGUUCCCAAUGGGAGCACCAUACACAGGAGGAAAGAUACAUGGACCACCACUAGGUGACUUGAAUGAAAAGAUUUCUUGGAUGGAAAAGUUUGUGUUGAAGGGGACUGAGAUUACUGCACCAGUACCAAUGGCUCCACCUGGAACCACAGGACUUGGAGGAUUUGAAGUUCCCUCUUCCAAAGGUGGUACUUUGCGCUCUGAUGCGAGUGCUUUAAAUGUUGGUGUUCUCCAUCUUGUUCCCACUUUGGAGGUGUUCCCAUUAUUAGCCAACCCAAAAAUGUAUGAGCCCAAUACAAUUGAUCUCUCAGAUCACAGUGAGCUAGAAUAUUGGUUCACUGUGCUUUCGGAGCACUUGCCAGACCUUGUUGAUAAGGCAGUGGCAAGUGAAGGUGGAACUGAUGAUGCUAAAAGAAGAGGUGACGCUUUUGCACGUGCUUUCUCUGCUCACUUGGCGAGGUUGAUGGAGGAGCCAGCUGCAUAUGGGAAGUUAGGGUUGGCUAAUCUUUUGGAACUAAGGGAAGAGUGCUUGAGGGAGUUUCAAUUUCUUGAUGCUUAUAGAAGUAUCAAACAGAGGGAAAAUGAGGCAUCUCUUGCUGUUUUACCUGAUCUGUUGAUGGAGCUUGACUGUAUGGAUGAGGAGGCAAGGUUACUUACCUUAAUUGAAGGUGUUCUAGCUGCAAAUAUAUUUGACUGGGGAUCCCGUGCCUGUGUUGAUCUCUAUCAUAAAGGAACAAUUAUUGAAAUUUAUAGGAUGAGUCGCAAUAAAAUGCAAAGACCUUGGCGGGUGGAUGAUUUUGACCUCUUUAAGGAAAGAAUGUUGGGAUCUGAAGGGAAGAAACCUCAGCCCCAUAAGAGAGCUUUACUCUUUGUGGACAACUCAGGUGCUGAUGUUGUCCUGGGCAUGCUUCCACUAGCAAGAGAACUCAUCCGGCGUGGAACAGAAGUUGUUUUGGUUGCAAAUUCUCUUCCUGCACUGAAUGAUGUAACUGCUAUGGAGCUUCCUGAUAUCGUUGCUGAGGCUGCAAAGCAUUGUGAUAUCCUUCGCAGAGCUGCUGAAGCUGGAGGUCUUCUGGUGGAUGCAAUGAACAAUACAUUAGAUGGUUCUAAAGAAAAUGCAUCUUCAGUUCCUUUGAUGGUUGUUGAGAAUGGGUGUGGGAGCCCAUGCAUAGAUUUACGGCAGGUCAGCUCUGAGCUAGCUGCAGCAGCCAAAGAUGCUGAUUUGAUUAUCUUAGAAGGGAUGGGUAGAGCUCUUCACACCAACUUUAAUGCUCAGUUCAAAUGUGAAGCCCUGAAGCUCGCAAUGGUGAAGAAUCAGAGGUUGGCAGAAAAACUGAUCAAAGGAAAGAUAUAUGAUUGCGUUUGCAGAUACGAACCUGCCAAUUGAAAUCUUAUAUACUAACAACUUCAGGAAAAAACUAAUAACAACUUCAGGAGUGGAGAUGGAGCAAAGGAAAGCCCACAGCAUUAGCCUAUAUCUUCCUUUUGUCUGUUUUAAGUUUAUGAUUUGUUGAAUAGAGCACUUGGUAUUUACCGGGCAGCUGCUCGCAGAGCUUCUUCAAAUUGUGUUACUAUUAGUAACUCCCAUCGUUAGCUGAUUUCAGAGGGAUAACGAAUCUUCAUUAGGAUAUUACAUUGGAAAAGUUCUUCAUACAUCAACUGUAAUUAAUCAGGAGAAAACAUGGUUGUAGAUUGUUGUCAGAAAUGCAGUUUAGCAUCAGAACUAUUAUUUGUUUUUUGUAA